AUGUUAUGGAAUCCUUGUACCGGAGAAUACCGGGUCCUACCACAGCCUCCCGUUCAUUCCUCCCGAGAAUGUUUUUUCGGGUUCAGUUAUGAUUCAACCACUGAUGAUUACAAAGUAAUACUGGGGAAUAGCUAUUUAUCUGGUUAUGAAUAUGUUGUUGUCUUUAUGCUCAAAGGGGGUUCAUGGAGGAAGAUUGAAAGGCUCAACAGGUAUUUCGGGGUGAGUUGGGUAGGGUGUUUAGUUAACGAAGCUCUGCAUUGGGUAUUGAAGGAAGUGGAAGACGGUAGGUUAAUUACUUCAAGGAUAGUGUCAUUUGAUUUAGCGGAGGAGAAAUUUCAUGAGAUUCCAUUUCCCCAUCCUCCCAAUCCAAAUGACAAUGGGUUUUUGAUUGCCGAAGUUGGAAAUCCUUGUAAUUGCUUAACUCUAGUCUUUCAAACCGUGUAUUGUGAUGUUGCUGGCAAUUUAAAGUUGUGGGUUAUGAAGGAGUAUGGAGUCAAGGAAUCUUGGACUGAAGUCAUAAACAUCUCUCCAGAGGUUAUGGAUGAAGAUGAAAACAUCCCUUUAGAGUUUAUGUAUGAUGGUGAACCGUAUACAUACAUGGCAUGCAUUUCUGAUAAUGGCGAGAUUUUGAUGCAGCUGGAACCUGUAGGCACCUUGGCAUUAUAUAACCCAAGGGAAAAGAAAUAUAGGACUGUCAUGGGCUAUCCUGAUUACAUGUAUGAAACUGCCCCUUAUAUAGAAACUUUAGUUUCACCAGUAACCGGCAGUACUGGCGCAAGUGUGUGA